AUUAAGUUUUCGUAACAAUCUGAGACUUACAGCUGACUUGGAUUAUGAAAUUUUUGCACUUAAAAUUUAGUUUAUUAAAAGCUCAUAAAGGAGCAUGAUUAAAUUACAAAACUGUAUCAUCAUAGUUCUUCUGGCUGCAGGCGUUGUUGCAUUUCAAGAGGAGUCAAUAUUCGAAGAUGAAGAUAUCUACAAUCAAGCAUUACCAUCAGUUCCUUUCACCGGUAUAACCGUACCAGGUACAAAAUGGUGCGGACCUGGAAAUACUGCAGCCAAUUAUAAUGAUUUAGGAACUCAACGUGAGUCUGACACAUGCUGUAGGGAGCAUGAUCAUUGUGAAGAAAUACUGGAGUCAAGACAAACUUUACAUGGACUUAAUAACACCGAUUUAUUUCCUAUUAUGAAAUGUACUUGUGAACAAACUUUCUUGAACUGCCUACAAUCUAUUAAUGAUAUGGUCGCAAAUACAUUGGGACGUGUCUACUUUGGUACACGCAAAAAAUGUUUCGCUAAUGGAUAUCCAAUAGUAAGUUGCAAAGAGUAUCAAAAAGGGACUUUUAGGCAGCGUUGCAUACGUUACCAAGUGGAUAAAACACGGGCAAAAAUUUGGCAGUUCUAUGAUAUACCAUUUUAUAGUUAUAAACGAUAGCUUUCAUUUGAACAUAUGUACAUAUGACUUUUAAAUUUAAUGAAUACAUAGAGAAAUAAAGGAAAAAGAUUAAA